AUGUCAAAAAGAUUUUUAAUCUGUGCUUUAUUCCUUUACACAUCCUUAGAAGCUCUUCAAAUUCCAACAGGACACAACAGUGCCUAUUUUGACGUUCAAAUCGACCGGGUUGAGCAGAUUUUUGCCGAUGAGAAAUAUACAGACUGGACAGGAGUAAAAGUCAAAAAACUCAACAAAACUCGAUGUCGUGGACAAGCUAUGAAAGAUUUUUACAUUUUGAGGUACGGAAGGUUUGAAAGAAUACCUGACAUUGUUGUUUUUCCAAGAAGUCAUAAAGAUGUCGUUUUUUGUGUGGAACUUGCUAAUAAAUUUGGUUCAGUCAUUAUUCCAUAUGCAGGUGGAACCAACACAAUGUUGAGUUUAAGUCACAGUAAAGAUGAUCAAAGAUUUUUUAUUUCACUUGACGUCACUCAAAUGAAUCGGAUUUUAUGGAUUGAUAGAAAGAGUAUGUUGGCAUGUAUGGAGGCUGGAAUUGUAGGACGUGAUAUGGAAGAAGCUUUAGAAAAGGAAGGAUUAACUGUUGGACAUGAGCCUGAUUCUAUUGAGUUGUCCACUUUAGGUGGUUGGGUAGCAACCCGCUCAUCAGGUAUGAAACAACAAACUUAUGGAAAUAUUGAAGAUAUUGUUGAGAAAAUAACUCUCGUGACAAGCAUUGGAGUUUUAGAAAAAGACUUUCUUGCUCCAAGAGUCUCAAUUGGACCUGAUUUUCAUCAAAUUAUUCUCGGAUCAGAAGGAACUUUGGGAGUUAUCACUAAAGUUGUUGUCAAAGUUCACAAGAAACCAGAUGUUCGUCGUUUUGGAAGCAUUGUCUUUCCUGACUUUGAACAUGGAGUAAAAUUCAUGCAUGAAGUCAGUAAAUGGCCAACGAAGCCAUCAAGUUUAAGAUUAGUGGAUAACUGUCACAUCCAAAUCGGAAUGACAUUUGAGAAUCAUCCAUCAUAUUUGUCAGGUUUGAUUAGCGCAGUUAAGCAGUACUUUUUGUUAAAUGUUUAUAGAUUUGACAUAAAGAAAAUUUCAUUGGUGACUUACUUGAUUGAAAAUAAUAAGGAAGAAGCUGAUAGAUUGGAAGAUAAAUUCAAGUUCUCAGCAAAGAAAUUUGAUGGAAUUUUAGCUGGACCUGAGUAUGGAAAAAAGACGUAUUUAAUGACACUUGUUGUCUGUUACACAAGGGAUUUUUUCUUCGAUCUUGGCUUUCUUUUUGAUUCUUUGGAAACUUCAGUGACAUGGGACAAGCUCUGGUCACUUGUAACGACAUUAGAAGGUGCCUGGAAACAAGAAUUGAAAAUGAGAAAACUCAAAAAUGCUAUAGCAAUCAGAAUAUCUCAAAUAUAUCACAGCGGUGCAUGUGUUUAUGUAUAUUUUGGAAUUGGACCAACUGAAAAUCAAAAUCAAUUUGAAGUUUUUAACGACCUUAAUAAAAUGCUCAAAGGUUUAAUGAUCAAAGCAGGAGGAACUCUAUCACAUCAUCAUGGAGUUGGAAAGAAAAAUAUGGAAUUUUAUCCACAAGUUGUGUCUAAAGUUGGAGUUGAGCUUUUCAAGGCAAUAAAGGAAAAAGUUGAUCCAAUUAAUGUGUUUGGAGCUGGAAAUAUGAUUAAAUGUAAGUUAUAA